AGAACUUGGCGCGCAUGAACCCUUUUACUAGGGUUUAAGGCUCUCUUUACCAUUUGCAUCAUAAAACCAACAUCCAGACAAAGAUACCGAUAACUCUGUAGCGUAGAGACGACGAGAGUGUUCGUUUUGUGAUGGCAUGAAACCUUCAUACUCCCUAUCCAACAAUCCUUCGAUGGCAUUCACAAACAGCUUUCGAUUUUUUCGAUGUUACAAUCAGUUGGCUUUACCAAUUUCCACUGCCCGAUUAUCGAGGCAGGGAUGCAGCUUUGAUACUCUGCGGUUCCUCUCGACCACUCGACGUUCUAGCCGUCUGACAUCGGUGAGUUCGAAGCGGCGAGAAAAUUCCGCGACAGAGGGUGUCGAGGACGGGGGAGAGGGCGGAAAUGGGGGUUUAAUGACGGUAGCUGCAGGUAGCGAUGGCGAAUCGAGGCAUGGGAGGAUUGUCCCUACGGAGCUUCAUAAAGAGGCUACGGAAGCAUAUAUGUCUUAUGCUAUGUCCGUUCUGCUUGGACGAGCAUUGCCUGAUGUUCGUGAUGGAUUGAAGCCCGUUCACCGCCGUAUAUUAUAUGCAUUGCAUGAAUUGGGCCUUGCAUCACGUAAACCUCAUAAGAAAUGUGCCAGAGUUGUUGGAGAGGUCCUUGGUAAGUUUCACCCACAUGGUGAUACUGCUGUCUAUGAUUCACUGGUCCGAAUGGCACAGGAUUUUUCAUUGCGUUGUCCACUUGUGAGUGGUCAUGGGAAUUUUGGUUCAGUGGAUGGAGAUAAUGCUGCAGCAAUGCGGUAUACAGAAUGCAGAUUGGAAGCACUUGCUGAAACAAUGCUUCUAUCAGAUUUGGAUCAGGAUACAGUUGAUUUUGUUCCAAACUUUGACAGUUCUCUAAAAGAACCAUCAUUGCUUCCUGCUAGGAUCCCAAACUUGUUAUUGAAUGGUUCUUCAGGGAUUGCGGUGGGAAUGGCAACCAAUAUCCCUCCACAUAAUCUUGGGGAGUUAGUUGAUGCUCUAAUUGUGUUGAUUCAUAAUCCAAAUGCCACUCUGCAAGAAUUGCUGGAGUACAUGCCUGGACCUGACUUCCCAACAGGAGGAAUCAUAAUGGGAAAUCUUGGAAUCUUGGAGGCUUAUAGAACUGGUAAAGGGCGUGUCAUUGUCAGAGGAAAAACAGAGAUAGAAGUAUCAGAUUCUAGAACAAAGAGCGUUGCAAUUAUAGUAAAAGAGAUUCCUUAUCAGACCAACAAAUCCUCUCUUGUCAUGAAAAUUGCUGAGCUAAUUCAGAACAAGACUUUGGAAGGCAUAAGUGAUAUCCGUGAUGAGAGUGAUCGAUCUGGAAUGCGAAUAGUCAUUGAGCUUAAGAGGGCUGCAACAUGGUUGGUAUUCUCGAUGGACAACCUAAACAAAUGGGGCUUAAUAGAAUUGCUUAAGGCUUUCUUGGAUUUUAGAUGCUCAGUGGUUGAAAGACGUGCAAGGUUUAAGCUUGCACAAGCAAGAGACAGAAAUCAUAUUGUUGAGGGUAUCUUAAUUGGGCUAGAUAAUAUCGAUAAUGUAAUUGAUGUAAUCAGAAAAGCUACAAGUAACUCAGUUGCAUCAGCUGAUCUGAGGAAAAAGUUUCAAUUAUCCGAAAAACAAGCUGAAGCAAUAUUAGAUAUCAACUUACGCAGACUUACAUUACUCGAGAGAGGCAAGUAUGUUAAUGAAGGGAAAUCCUUAACUGACCAAAUUUCUAACUUGGAGGAACUUCUAUCUAGCAAAAAGCAAAUAUUACAGGUGAUUGAACAAGAAGCAAAUGAGAUAAAGAACAAAUUCUCAACUCCACGUCGUUCCACUUUGGAAGAUGCUGAUAAUGGCACACUUGAUGAUUUAGAUGUUAUCCCAAAUGAAGAAAUGUUAUUGGCACUUAGUGAAAAGGGUUAUGUGAAAAGAAUGAAACCAGACACUUUUAAUCAACAAAAACGUGGCACCAUUGGUAAAUCAGUUGGGAAACUAAGAGUCAAUGACACAAUGUCAGACUUUCUUGUAUGUCGUACCCAUGAUCGACUCCUCUUUUUUAGUGAUAAGGGUAUUGUGUAUUCUGCUGCGGCCUACAAGAUUCCGGAAUGUUCUCGGGCAGCUGCAGGCACACCCUUGAUCCAGAUUUUGUCCCUAUCUGAUGGUGAACGAAUUACUUCUAUCAUCCCUGUUAGUGAUUUUGCUGAAGAUCAAUAUCUUUUAAUGCUAACUGCAAAUGGAUAUGUUAAAAAAGUAUCUUUGAUGUACUUCUCAUCCAUUAGGUCAUCUGGUAUCAUAGCACUUCAACUGGUGCCUGGUGAUGAACUGAAAUGGGUUCGUCAUUGCACAAAUGAAGACUAUAUUGCAAUGGCUUCACAAAACGGAAUGGUUAUUCUUAGUUCUUGUGAUAUCAUCCGAGCACUCACUAGACAUAGUCGAGGUCAGAUUGCAAUGAGACUGAAAGAAGGCGAUAGAAUGGCAUGUGUGGAUAUUAUUCCUGCAACCAAACAGGAUGGAAUAGAAAGUGAAUCUGAAUCUAGCACUCCCGACACCCCUAACCGAGCACAUGGGCCAUGGCUGUUGUUUGUGUCUGAAAAUGGUUAUGGAAAACGAGUUCCUCUCAGCCACUUUCGCAAAUCACCUUUGAAUAGGAUUGGAUUAAAAGGGUACAAGUUUUCAUCGGAAGACAGAUUGGCAGCUGUUUUUGUAGUUGGUUUUACUACAGCAGAUGAUGGUGAAAGUGAUGAAGAAGUUGUUCUUGUGAGUCAGAGUGGUACAGUCAACCGGAUAAAAGUCAGGGAUAUUUCUAUUCAGUCACGCUACGCAAGGGGAGUGAUAUUGAUGAGGCUUGAGCAUGCUGGGAAGAUCCAAUCAGCUUCAUUGAUAUCGGCUGCAGAAACAGAUGUGGAGGAGGAAGUUGAAGUUGAAGCUGCUGUGGCAUAAAAAUUUAACCAUGAGUCCAUGAUUCAUGGUUACAUCACAGGAGACAUGGGGAAAAGCUACUUAACUCAAUUGGAUACCUGAAGCUCCUGUAAAUUUCAUGCAAUGGAAACACAAAAGUAUAGUGGUUGAUUGUAUUUUGGGGAUUUUAAACUUUGUAAAAUGCUUGCUUUUGGUGUAGAGUGAUGUGUGCAUUGGAUUAUUUUGGGAAGCAACAAAAGUAUUAGUAAGUUUAGGAAUGAUUUAAACAUCCAUGAAGAGCAUCAAAUUUACUUGUCAUUUUAUCAUAUGUAAGGUGUAUAAAAAGUUCC